CAAUGCUCAACCGCGACCACCCAGAACUCUGGCCGCCCAGCCUAUUCUACAUGCCCCCCCGACGACAUUGACACUCUACCGACCAGCUGUGCCCCUUGCAACAAAUUUUAUGAAGAGUUGGUAAAGUUGUCGUUCAGAGCUGCAGCUUCACUUGAGGAGUGCACGAGAGGCCAGACCAAAGCCAUUUGGCAUGAUGCAAGGUGCAUUCGCCUUACAGCAUCCAACAUAAAAAGAGUGUCGAAGAGGAGCUCGACAUCCUGCACGAAUGCUGUCAACUCAAUUUUGAGCUCCAGCUUUUCAGGAAAUGCUGCCACUAAGCAUGGGCAGAGGUAUGAGGAUGUUGCACGCAGGCAGUUCACAGAGAAGACUGGCUUUGCUUUAACACUGUGUGGCACAGUUGUGUGCCGUGACAUUCCCUGGCUGUUGGUGUCCCCACACAGUUUUCAGAUGGUGCUAGAAAUCAAGUGCCCAUACGUAAUUGACUGCGUGGAAAUGGUAAAUGAAGGCAACUAUGAUGUGAAAUGUGCUGCAGGUAAUUACUUCCUUGCCGAAGGUGGCCCUAAUGGUUAUUAUGCACAAGUGCAAUUCCAGAUGUUUUGCACGGGACCGAAGCUUUGCUACUUUUAUGUCAGGAGUGUGAAGAGUGACAUAGUGGUCCAAGCCAUUUUUGAAAAUUUUAUCACAGCCUGCAUGCCAAGGCUCAAGACAUUUUAUUUUACAGAGCUGCUUUCAGAAGCAGAGAGGCCGCAUGCAAAUAAAUCACUACCAAUUUCCACCGAUUAUGUUAACAUUUGCAAACUGUAAUGUACAUUUGAUAUUAGAUGGAUAGGUGGAAGUUUGCAAAAUGUUGGCUUUUAUGUUUAUGUCAGCUCACUGGGCUGAUGUACCAUCACUGCAUUGCAUUUGUUUUCAUUGUAUAUUUGAAAGCAUUGAAUGUAGUUGGCUGAAAUUUGUAAGUACUUACUUUUCUGAUUGCCACAAAAUUUUUGUGUAACACUACAUUGUAAACAGAAUGUCAACAUGUAGUUGAUUGACACAGGGCAUUGCAUCUGUGUUAACUUGACAUGGUAGUACAGGGUUCGCCUUAAUAACCAUCAUUUUUUUUUCACAUGCACGCUUCGAAACAAAAUGUCAUGAGCUCUUGUCAAAAUGUCAGCCUCAACAGUCAUACUUGUCCUGUAUGCGGUUC